ACAUUGCUAUAUAUAGGAUUUAGUCGUAUUAGAGUCUAAUUAAUAGCUUAACAAGAAAACUACUAGAUAUAUUCACUGGUCAAUAAAGAAGCAAUUAAAUUAGUAAUCAAAUCUAAAACACAAAGCUAAAACCUUUUCUUUCGGGUGUCUCGAGACAAACACCAAGUUCAAAACUUCCUUUAUUUAUUUUCUAUGAUUCUCUCUGUCUUUCAAUUUUUGAGGUUUCUGAUAAAAUCUUAAAAGUUUCAUGGUUGUAGACAAAAUCAACAUAGCUUCUCCCUUAUGUUGUGUUCUUCCAAUGUACGACUCAAAACAUUCAAGUUAUGCUACUGAAGAAGAUUCAAACGAUCUUAACCAUGCUACAAAACACAAAAGAGCCAAUGCUAUGCUCAUGAAUUCUGCUUCAGCUCACGAUCUGAGAUGUCUACAGGUAGAAAAAGAGAAGCAAGAUCCUGAAUCACCUAGAGGAACUAUAGAAGCAUGCUUAAACCGAUGCUCCAUCUCUUCCUCAGAAGAUCCUCCUCAGAAUAAAGAAGCUAUUGAAAACGCAGACGCAGACGUGGGUUGCAAGAAUCAUAGAGCAUCUUCGAAUUGGGGGAAGUUCUUCAAACUUUGGAAACGCAGGUCCGUGAAACGUUUAUCUUCUUUCCCCCCGUUAAGCUGCGCCCCAGUGAUCUCCAAACGCAAUAAAAACGCAGAUCCAAACGUCGAUGAUCUGAACCUUCAUGAUAUCUAUGACUUCCAAUCAUCUCUACACAGCUUCUCAAUCAAUGACCUCGAAAUAGCAACUGACUAUUUCAACCCCGAAAACAUAAUUGGGAGAGGCGGUUACGCAGAGGUUUACCAAGGAAUACUACCAGAGGGAAAGCUAAUCGCUGUGAAACGUCUCACCAAAGGCACACCAGACGAGCAAACAGCUGAGUUUCUGUCUGAACUGGGGAUUAUAGCUCAUGUUGAUCACCCAAACACAGCCAAGUUCAUCGGUUGUUGCACAGAGAGUGGAAUGUAUCUUGUUUUCAGACUAUCUCCUCUUGGAAGCCUAGGCACUCUCCUCCAUGGACCUUCAAAAGAUAAGCUUACUUGGAGCAGACGUUACAAGGUGGCAUUAGGAACAGCAGAUGGACUAAUGUAUCUUCAUGAAGGUUGUCAAAGAAGAAUCAUCCACCGAGACAUUAAAGCCGACAACAUUCUCCUCACCGAGGAUUUUCAGCCGCAGAUUUGCGAUUUCGGCUUAGCCAAAUGGCUACCAAAGCAGUUGACGCACCACAACGUUUCCAAAUUUGAAGGAACAUUCGGGUAUUUUGCUCCUGAAUAUUUCAUGCAUGGCAUAGUUGAUGAGAAGACAGAUGUUUUCUCCUUUGGAGUUCUUCUCUUGGAGCUCAUAACCGGCCAUGCAGCUCUUGACGAGUCUCAGCAGAGCCUUGUCUUAUGGGCCAGGCCUUUACUAGAGAAGAAAGAGAUAAAGCAAUUAGUGGAUCCAUCGCUUGGAGGUGAGUAUGAUCGGGAUGAACUUAACCGAUUAACUUCCACGGCUUCCUUAUGCAUCGAGCAGUCUUCUCUUCUACGACCCCGUAUGAGCCAGGUUGUGGAAUUAUUAUCAGGUCAACAAGGUUUCGUUGUGACACCAAGAGAAGAGAAGAGAAAGAUGAUGCAACGAACGUAUUCUGAAGAGUUAUUAGAUAGUAUAGAAUAUAACUCGACUAGGCACUUGAGAGAUCUUGAUCACAUUCGAGAGGUUGCUUUAGCUUCUUGAAGUUGAACAAUGCCAUUGUAUAAAACUAUGUAUGUGCACCUAUUGAGUCUCUUUAGCCAUGUGUGGACUUGUUGAUUAGGCCUGUAAUUGAAAGUAAGCAAAGGUUGAGACUUUCGAGUUUCAGAAGCUGCCUUUGACUUUGACAUUAAGGUGGACUCCAAUUAUUUCGUUUUUUCUUGUUUCCAUCUUUAUCAUUGUACAAAGACUCACAGGUCCAAACAAAAACCCUUUUAAUGUC